UCUUCCAUAUGGAGGGGCCGGGUGCGCUGGGCGCGGCGUCCCCUGCCUUGUCGUCCUGCCGCCGCCGCCGCCGCCGCAGCUCCCGCUUCCUGCCGCGGAGACCUUGAGCCCCGGCCCGCCGGUGUCAGCAGCCGCGCGCGCACACGCACACGCACACUCACACUCACACUCACACACACAGACAGACACACACGCCGCCGCAGCCGCACGCGCCCGCACGCGCCCUCCCUCCCCGGCCGGCAACUUUUUGGUCUGGGGCUCCUUUGUUGCUCCCCGGCAGCACCUCUCUCGUUUUGUGUGUCCUCGGGUGUCACUGUGCGGGUUGUGUGUCCGUGCGGCGCGGUGCCGUGUGCUUCUCUCCGCGUCCACCACGCUGGCCCCAGGCCCUGGCUCUUCCUUCCCGGGAGCCAGCUGCACCAGAGUCCCAGCAUAAGCUUCCUGGAAUCCAUGACCCAUGAAGUCUUGUGCACAUUCACACCGUCUGAGGGUAGCAGCAAUGAAGUAGAAGAAGCAGCAGAGCAUUGCAGAAGCUUGCAGAGUGUCUCUGAGUGACUCUGGUGGCUUAUGGGACAUUGGCUUCGGACCCUUUAUAAUACAACUUGCUACGUGGGACGAUGAUGACUCAGACAGGAAAGAGGCCCGAGGUCACACUUGCCUACUUCCUCUUAGCCACAGCAGGCUGCUUUGCCAACCUGAGUGAUGUCCCCCAGGUCACCGUCCAGCCUUCUUCCACUGUCCAGAAGCUCGGAGGGACGGUGAUCCUGGGCUGCGUGGUGCAGCCCCCGUGGAUGAACACCACCUGGCGCCUGGAUGGGAAGGAGCUGAACAGUUCGGACGAGGCUUUGGGCAUCCUCAUCACCCGCGGGACCCUCGUCAUCACUGCCCUCAACAACCACACCGUGGGACGGUACCAGUGUGUGGCCCGGAUGCCUGCAGGGGCCGUGGCCAGCGUGCCAGCCACUGUGACACUAGCCAACCUCCAGGACUUCAAGUUAGAUGUGCAGCAUGUGAUUGAAGUAGAUGAGGGGAACACAGCAGUUAUUGCCUGCCACCUUCCUGAGAGCCACCCAAAAGCCCAGGUCCGAUACAGCGUCAAACAAGAGUGGCUGGAGGCAUCCAGAGAUAACUACCUGAUCAUGCCAUCAGGGAACCUCCAGAUUGUGAACGCCAGCCAGGAGGACGAGGGCAUGUACAAGUGUGCCGCCUACAACCCAGUGACUCAGGAAGUGAAAACCUCCGGCUCCAGUGACAGGCUGCGCGUGCGCCGCUCCACUGCUGAGGCUGCCCGCAUCAUCUACCCCCCAGAGGCACAGACCAUCAUUGUCACCAAAGGCCAGAGUCUCAUCCUGGAGUGUGUGGCCAGUGGGAUCCCACCCCCGCGUGUCACCUGGGCCAAGGAUGGUUCCAGUGUCGCUGGCUACAACAAGACGCGCUUCCUGCUGAGCAACCUCCUCAUCGAGACCACCAGUGAGGAGGACUCGGGGACCUACCGCUGCAUGGCUGACAACGGGGUCGGACAGCCCGGGGCCGCGGUCAUCCUCUACAACGUCCAGGUGUUCGAACCCCCCGAGGUCACUGUGGAGCUGUCCCAGUUGGUCAUCCCAUGGGGCCAGAGUGCCAAGCUCACCUGUGACGUGCGCGGGAACCCCCCACCCUCCGUGCUGUGGCUGAGGAAUGCUGUGCCCCUCACCUCCAGCCAGCGCCUCCGCCUGUCCCGUCGGGCCCUGCGAGUGGUCAGCGUGGGGCCUGAGGAUGAAGGCGUCUACCAGUGCAUGGCUGAGAAUGAAGUUGGGAGCGCCCAUGCUGUGGUCCAGCUGAGGACUGCCCGGCCAGGCACGACCCCGAGGCCAUGGCGGGAUACUAAGCUGGACACUGCCACACCUCCCGUGCCACCCUCCAGACCCAGAAGCCCUGACCAGAUGCUGAGAGGGCACCCAGGGCUCCCAAGGCCUCUGACAUCAGAGCAGCCGGGCAUGCAAUGCCCUGGAGAGAAAGGGCAGGUGGCUCCCGCCGAGGCACCCAUCAUCCUCAGCUCACCCCGCACCUCCAAGACUGACUCGUACGAGCUCGUGUGGCGGCCUCGGCACGAGGGUGGCAACCGGGCACCCAUCCUCUACUACGUGGUGAAGCACCGCAAGCAGGUCACAAACUCCUCUGACGACUGGACUAUCUCUGGCAUCCCGGCCAACCAGCACCGCCUAACCCUCAGCAGACUGGACCCCGGGAGCUUGUAUGAAGUGGAGAUGGCUGCUUACAGCUGUGCAGGCGAAGGCCAGACGGCCAUGGUCACCUUCCGAACUGGACGGCGGCCCAAACCUGAAAUCAUGGCCAGCAAGGAACAGCAGAUCCAGAGAGAUGACCCUGGAGCCAGCCUGCAGAGCAGCAGCCAGCCGGACCAUGGCCGCCUCUCCCCCCCAGAAGCCCCAGACAGGCCCACUAUCUCCAUGGCCUCGGAGACAUCAGUGUACGUGACCUGGAUCCCCCGUGGGAAUGGCGGCUUCCCAAUCCAGUCCUUCCGUGUGGAGUACAAGAAGCUCAAGAAAGUGGGGGACUGGAUUCUGGCCACCAGUGCCAUCCCUCCCUCCCGGCUCUCAGUGGAGAUCACAGGCUUAGAGAAAGGUACCUCCUACAAGUUCCGAGUCCGGGCUCUGAACAUGCUGGGGGAGAGCGAGCCCAGCGCCCCCUCCCGGCCCUACGUGGUGUCGGGCUACAGUGGCCGCAUAUACGAGAGGCCCGUGGCGGGCCCUUACAUCACCUUUACUGAUGCGGUCAACGAGACCACCAUCAUGCUCAAGUGGAUGUAUAUUCCAGCAAGUAACAACAACACUCCAAUCCAUGGCUUUUAUAUCUAUUAUCGACCCACAGACAGUGACAAUGAUAGUGACUACAAAAAGGAUAUGGUGGAAGGAGAUAGAUACUGGCACUCCAUCAGCCACCUGCAGCCAGAGACCUCCUAUGACAUCAAGAUGCAGUGCUUUAAUGAAGGAGGGGAGAGCGAGUUCAGCAACGUGAUGAUCUGUGAAACCAAAGCUCGGAAGUCUUCUGGUCAGCCUGGUCGACUCCCACCCCCGACUCUGGCUCCACCUCAGCCGCCACCCCCUGAAACCAGGGAGCGGCCCGUGGGCACCGGGGCCAUGGUGGCCCGCUCCAGUGACCUGCCCUACCUGAUUGUCGGGGUCGUCCUGGGCUCUGUCGUCCUCAUCAUCGUCGCCUUCAUCCCCUUCUGCUUGUGGAGGGCCUGGUCUAAGCAAAAACAUACAACAGACCUGGGUUUUCCUCGAAGUGCCCUUCUGUCUUCCUCCUGUCAAUACACCAUGGUACCACUGGGAGGACUCCCGGGCCACCGAGCCAACGGGCAGCCCUACGUCAAUGGCACCACUGGACGGGUCUGUGCCAAUGGGGCACAUGUGAACAGGGGCUGCCCAGCAACUGCCAUGGGCUACGCAGGCCUGAAACCUCAGCAACACUGCCCAGGGGAGCUUCAGCAGCACGAUGACACCAAUAGCCUGCUGAGGCAGACUGUGCUUGGCAAUGGAUAUGACGUCCACAGUCACCAGCUCCCCAGAGGAACCAAGGCUAACCCAGAUGAGGGCUCCUUCUUAUACACGCUGCCUGAGGACUCAACUCACCAACUGCUCCAGACCCAUCAGGACUGCCACCACCGCCAGGAGAAGCCUGCUGCGGCCAGCCAGUUAGGAAUGAGGGGUGUGCCCCAGAAUCCUGGGCUGGAAACGACGUGGGACCCUCUUUUUCACCCAGGCCCCCCAUGCUGCUUGGGUCUUGUACCCGUUGAAGAAGUGGACAGUCCUGACUCCUGCCACGUGGGUGGAGAGUGGUGUCCCCAGCACUCCACGGGGGCCUACCUAGGACAGGAGCUUGGGAGACGGCUCUCCCCCAGCCCACCAGUGCAUGUAUCUUUUGAAACACCACCUCCCACAAUUUAGGCAGAAGCCAAUAUUCCAGAAAAGACUAUAUAUUGUCAUUUUUAAAAAGAGACAGAGAAAAUGGGUAUUUAUUUUUCUAUAAUAGCCAUAUUUAUAUAUUUAUACACUUGUAAAUAAAUGUGUAUGUGUUUUUGUAAUUCUGGAGAGACAUAGGGAAUCCUACCCAUGGCGGUAUGAGAGGAAAAACAAGCUACAACAUAACAGGAGUCAACCAGGAAAGAGGAACAGAGACUGGCCAGAAGAGACUGAGGCUGCAGGAGGCCCAGAGCAGCUGCUGAAGGAAAGAAUCCUAGGCACUGUCUGUGGAGACCAGGAGAGAAAAGCCAGGGCCGUGCUACAACAGGCUGCAGACACCUGUGAAGAUGGUCGGAUCUGGUGCUACAUUAAGUUUUCAGAAGAUGCCCGUGAGAAUAGACUGAGAUGUGUAUAGUACUAUAAGCAUUAACAAACCUUCCAGAAUCAAUAAUCUGUGGCAACAUAUCUCUAAAAACAAACACUGUAACUUCUAAAUAAAUGUUUAGUCUUCCCCGUAACCUUCAGCUUAGUCACGUAUGAGUCAGCGUCCUCCUUAGAGGUCAGGAUUCAGUCUUUGAGUCGCUGAAGAAAACACCCACUUGUGAUAUUUUCAGAUCCAUCAAGAGAUGAGAUCUGGAAAAGGUAGCAGAUGUUUCUAAUUUUUUUGUCUUUGUAAAUAUUGAAUGAAUGUCAGUUGUGUUUUUUACUCAUGCAGAUUGCAUUAAUAACUGUUUAGUCCAGGAGGGAGACAGUAUCCAGUAGGCAAAGAGAAGCAGAUUCACAGUUCUCUUACUGACUGGACUUGAGGUAAAACUUGGGUCGUAUCGAAGGAAUGAAACGAAUCCUUUCCAUAUAGGAGUGUGUGUGUGUGUGUGUGUGUAAGUCCAAGUAUUUUCUCCAAUUAGUUAAGUGUUAUGCUACAUGUGAACAUGUGGUAAAUGCCUGAUAAAAUUCACUUCCCUUCUUUCCAAAGACACACCAACAUUGCUAGAGGAGUUGACUCACAUUGCUAGAGGAGUUGUUUAAAAUCAGCAUUUACUUACUGCUUGCUGUUCAACCACAGGAUCCAUCUUCAUACGUGGAACCUAGAACUAGAUGGAGGCAGACUUGCAGUCUGUCUUCUAGAUUUCAGUAAAGUUACGGAUGAAAUGUCACUUGAGACACUUAAUCUCAUUAAGAGUCAUUGUGCCAGACCCUGGCUUCUCUUGUCAUGAACUGGGUAACCAAGAUCCCUAGGAAAGCCCAGGACUGAUGCUACCGGCCUAGGACAAGUGCGCCCUCUGCUGGCCAGAACUUUUUCCAUCCAACCACUAAAUUGGAAACACUCCUUGAGACACAUGAUUUUCAGAAAAACUAUUCUAAAAACAUUUUAAGAAAUAAAAUGAAGGACUACAAUUAACAUGGAAAUGAUAAGAAAGGAGCCGUAGGGCAGGUAAGAGAAAUGAGACGUGACUAUAGACACAAACUGGCUGAGGGCCUAGAGACCUUCCCAGGAGCGGGACAGGGGUAGUAUUCUCAAGCUUUGCUUAGCAAAUACAGGGGACCCUCAGAUCUGGGCUGUAGCUCACCUUCUAGCCCACUGGCUUAAAAAAACAAAAAGGGACAGGACUAAAGCUUUCAAUGGUAGUUUUUCUUGCCAAUGGCAAAAAAAAAUCAGAUGACAAAACAAAUUUCCUAAAACAGGCCAUACUAAAGCUGCUUUUUUGCAGUUUGAGAUACAACCUUCUGAGACCUCAUAUUCAAUCCAGUUGGUUCCAAACAGACCUAAAACGAUUCAGUUCCAUAAUAAAUAGAUGUUGGGCGCUGCAGUCAGUUCUAAGAUAACCAAAAAUUAUUAAAACUACAUGUCUGGAUCUUGUUUUAGACCUUUAGGUAAGUUCACUUUAAAAUAACAGGAUUGUUGCAGAAAGAUAGUGAAACAACUUCUGGUGAAUUUUAUGUCAGAAAUCUUGGAUGGAUUUGAGAAAAAAAGCAAACUUGAAAGGUCCGGGGG